AUGUCGGCGACGCAUGAGCCGGCGCAGGUGUACACCGUCUCUGGUGGCUCAACAUCCGCGCCAGAUGAAGCAUCGUACAAUUCGACAUCGCUUCCUGAUAUUUUACGUCGCUCGGGGUCCUCUAAUAAGCGCAAGAAGAGGAAGGCAGCUAUCGAAAAUGACAGGCUGCUCUCGAAAAUCGAGCUGAUCCAAGACUUUGAGUUUCCUGUGGCGAGCAACAAAAUCCGAUUCACGCGGGAUGGAUUGCAUAUUAUGGCUACAGGUACCUACAAACCACAGAUACGAGUGUGGGAAUGUGAACAGUUAAGCCUCAAGUUUGAGCGUCAUACUGACGCGGAAAAUGUAGACUUUGUGAUUCUUUCCGACGACUGGACCAAGUCUCUUCAUCUCCAAGCGGAUCGUUCGCUAGAACUUCACAAUCAAGGUGGUACGCAUACUCGUGUUCGCCUGCCUAAGUUCGGUCGUGCAUUGGCCUAUCACUAUCCUUCCGCGGAUGCUUUAGUCGGUGCUUCAGGCAACGAAGUAUACCGUUUGAAUCUUGCACAAGGACGAUACCUCUCACCCUAUGUACUCGGCACACAAGGCAACGCUGUCACAGGCGUGAAUUCUAUCGACGUUAACCCGGCUCAUGGACUUUUGAGCUUCGGUACGGAGGGCAGUGGCGUCGUAGAGCUUUGGGAUCCUCGCAUGCGGCGUGCUGCUGGAUCGUUAAGCUUUGCCACGCGCACUGUAUUGGACUCUGCUUUGCUAGCUGCUCGUCGCCAAUUGCCCGGCGUUCAGCUCUCGAACGAUGCUGAGGCCGACGCUGUUACACAGGCUUCUUCCACACUCACUGCUACAGCUUUGUCGAGCGCGGCCGAUGGACUGAACCUGGCUGUGGGUACCAAUACGGGUCAUAUACUUCUAUACGACUUGCGUAUGAACAAGCCAUACACCACCAAGGACCAGGGCUUUGGUUUACCUAUCAAAUCGCUGUCAUGGCCUGGCGAUGCCAACGCCGAAGCUGGUACUCGCACCCGGUCGGAGGCGGAUAACAAAGUUAUGAGUGCCGACGCAAAAGUCAUCAAGAUUUGGGAUAAGCAUACAGGCGACAACUUAGUGUCUGUGGCGCCUACUGGUGCGCUUACUAACCUCAAUGACGUACAACACUACCCUGGCAGUGGCCUGUUGUUCGCUGCCGUGGAAGCCACGCAAAUGGCUGCAUGGUAUGUUCCUGCACUAGGUCCUGCGCCUCGCUGGUGCAGCUUUAUUGACAGUAUUACCGACGAGAUCGAGAAUGCUGAUGCCACCAAUAUGGGCGGUGGCGUCAAUGCGUAUGAGGACUUCAAAUUUGUGGACCAAGCCGAACUGGAACGACUCAACCUCACUCAUCUUGUCGGUACACCUUUGUUGCGUCCUUACAUGCAUGGCUACUUCUUGGCGCUCAAACUGUAUGAGCGUGCCCGCUUGAUGGCACAUCCCACGGCCUUUGACGAAGCGAAGCAGCGUGCGGUGCAAGCCAAGCUGGAGCGUGAGGCUGAGAGUCGCGUGCGUCGCAUCAAGAAUGCGCCCAAGGUCGGCCGUCAUAUCCAAGUCAACAAAGAGCUCGCCGAAAAACUGGCAAAGCGCUCGGACUCGGGUGUGGAUGGCCUGUUGGAGGAUACGCGUUUCAAGGAGCUCUUUACCAAUCCCGAGUUCCAGGUGGACGAGACGUCACGCGAAUAUGCUCUGCUCAAUCCAAGCUCUGCCUUGCAAGCACGGCCUGCGCUGCGUGAGUCAGAGCGUAAACUUGUGCCUGCCAUGGAGGAGGAGCUGGAGUCGGACAAUGAAUCGCUGGAUCCUGAUCAGGAAGGAUCAGAGUCAGAGUCAGAGUCCGAUGACGAGGCGGCUAUGGCGGCACGCCCUGCGCCUCCAAGCCGACCUGCUAAAGUGGCACGCAUGCCGAAGGUUGUUGAGUCCUUUGAAGAAGACGAUAUCGACAGCGCUGAUAAAGACAUGUCUCUUGGUGAACGUGCGCGUGAUAGGCGGCCUGCGCACCGUCGUGACCAGGUGGUGCCUACGGCAGGGGGUACGUCGAUCUCGUGGACCCCGUCAGCGAGCUCUCAUGCUCCCAAAGCCUCCUCAAAGAAGGCCAAGUCGAAAGCAGACGAUACAUUCGGUAUGGGUCUAUCGAAAGGUGCCGAUGCCGAGCAAGGCUAUGGCGUGGAUGCACUCUCUGAACAGGCUCGCUUCGGCCGUAAAGAGAGGCGCAAGCCCACACGCAGCGCAAGUAAAAAUGUAAUGCGCGCUACAAAUUCAUAG